AUGGGUCGCGCCGAAGUAGGCAGCACGAAAUGGGUCUCCAACCAGGCCAAGUCCAAGGGGCUGGGCCGGCUGCGCUGGUACUGCCAGGUGUGCGAGCGGCAGAUGCGCGACGAGAACGGUUUCAAGAUGCACGUGCAGUCCGAGUCGCACGUGCGGCAGAUGCUGGUGGUGGGCGAGGACCCCAAGAAGGCCAUCAACGAGUUCUCGAGCCAGUUCAACAACGACUUCCUGCAGCAGCUGCGCACGUCGCACGGCACCAAGCCCAUCCUCAUCAACCACUUCUACCAGGAGUAUAUCGCCAACAAGCAGCACACGCACAUGAACGCCACGAAGUGGCCCAGCUUGACCGAGUACGCGAAGCACCUGGGCAGGGAGGGCAUAUGCAGGGUCGAGGAGACGGACAAGGGCCUGCAAAUCGCAUGGGUUGACAACAGCCCCGAGGCGCUGAAGCGCGCGGAGGCGGUAAGGAGGAAAGAGAUGCAGGACAAGGGCGACGAGGAGAGGGAGCUGAGGAUGAUACGGGAGCAGCAGAAGAGGGCUGAGAAGGCUGCAGAGGAGCGGAGGAGAGGCAAGGACCAAGACAAGGACGAAGAUGAGCCCGAGGAGAAGCAGGACCUACAGAUCAAGGACGGCGAGAAGAUCCAAUUGUCAUUUGGCGUCCCGAAACAGGACAAGAAACAGGAAGGCAAGAAGGACACGCCAGAGAAUGGGACGGAGUCGCCACCAAAAGAUGGCGAGGCCACCAAGGAGGUCGAGCCCACAAAGCCAGAGGCCGCGAAGCCGGCAGGAUUUUCGUUUGGCGCCAAACCGCCACAAGCCAAGAACGUGUUUGCACAAGCAAAGAAGAAUGCGCUGGGGGGCGGUGCGAAGAAGUCAUUCAAGAUUGAGCAGCCGAAGAAGAUGAGCGAGGCUGAGAGAAUUAUGCGUGAAGAAUUAGACAGGAAACGGACACGGGAGUCCUCAGGAGGUGGAGGGUUUCACAAGAAACCUCGCCUCGGUUAG